AUGGCUUGUAGAGUUAGCUCGUGGUUGCUCAUACUAUGUGUAUGUUCCUCUGUAGUGACGUUAGUAUUUGGCGCACAGCAUUUAACUGUCAUGCCAACCGAUCAGACUGCUGUCGUUGGUGAUACUAUAACAUUUCACUGUACGGUCGCUGAGAAAAAAGGAUUUGUCACGUGGUUACAGGGGGGAAGCCCUCUGAAUUUUGACACCAUGAUGAGCACAGGUAAUACAGACUAUACCAUUGUGUACAGUACUACCGCUGAGGGCGAAGCGUAUGAUUUACAGAUAACUAAUGUUGGACACGAUGACGCAAAUACAUACGAGUGUACGGUAACACAGGGAGGUGGAGACGGUGGUGCCAUGUCUGGGCAGGUGGUUCUCACUGUUAUAGCGCCUCAAGCAUUUACUACUGAACCCACAAACACCGACGAACUGGAAGGCAAUGACGUCACGCUAUUCUGUUCUGUAAGUAACAAAGCGGGGCAGAUAGUAUGGUCAUUGGACGGUGAAGACAUAAGUUCUGAUUCUACAAUUACAACAUCUACAUCCGGGUACACCAUAAAUAGUCCGAUUCCAUCAGUUGAUUACAAUUUGAAGAUUGAGUCGGUGAGACCAGAGCACGCUGGUAAUUACGUGUGUUCAGUGACAUCCGCCAAUGGUCAUCCUGCAAUUACUAGUGGUACUGCUGUACUGACAGUCGAGCUUUCGCCACGGACACUUACGCCCAUGUUCUUGCCUACAGCUCGACAAACCUUCCAAACGGAACCAUCAGACACCACAGUCGUCGAAGGCGAAGCAACAACGCUACAAUGUUCAGUCAAUAACAAACAUGGCACUGUAUCCUGGAAGAAAGGAAGUGACAUCAUAAGUGAAGAUACCACGACAACUUCACAUUACGCAAUAGUUUCUACCACUCCGGGGUUCGACUAUGACCUAUAUAUAGACAACACAACGUUAGACGACUCGGGAGACUACGAAUGCUACGUUUCUGAUGCUUUAAAUGGAGAUACCGCCAUCACAAGUCGGUCAGCUAUAUUGACAGUCUAUGACUUAGAAAUUCAGAGUUUCGCAACGACGCCAUCAGACGCCGAAGUUGUGGAGGGAAAUGUGAUCAUUUUGCAAUGUACUGUAGAUCACAAAGAGGGUUUCGUGAUAUGGUCCAAAGACGGAGUUGACAUUACUAAUGACGCCACGGUUACCAAUGGCAACCCGAAGUACUCGGUAGUAGGAGAUGUUGGCAAUGGAGAGUAUCAUCUACAAAUCGAUAGUGUUGCGUUGUCUGAUGCCGGCACCUUCAAAUGUCAAAUCACCGAAGCAGACAAUAGCCCGGCAAUUGAAACAGCGGAAGUGACGUUGGAUGUCAUAGGGCGCCAAGCAUUCACAGACGAACCAGUGGACAUUACGGCCGUAGAGGGAGACUCAGUAAUCCUAACCUGCUCUGUCAGCAAUAAGCAUGGUGCACUCUCAUGGAUAAAAGACGGUGACGUCAUCAACUUUGAUUUAAACAUCACCAAUGAUGAUGAACAUUUCAGCAUUAUGAGCACAUCGCCAAAUACGGAAUAUAAUCUAAAAAUAGACAAUAUUCAAAUUAGACAUGAGGGAAGUUACAUAUGCAAAGUGUCAGAUUCAGUUGAUGGCGAUUCAGAAAUCAUCAGCCAAUCAGCGAUUGUCACAGUUCAUGAUUUGGAAAGCCAGAAUUUCACAUCAUCACCAGUCGACGCAAAAAUUGUUGAAGGCAAUACACUGACUCUAAGGUGCAGCGUUGAAAACAAAGAAGGCAGCGUCAUCUGGUCUAAAGAUAACGUAGACAUAAGUACAGAUCACACGGUUACUAACGGGGAUUCCAGGUACAGUAUUAGAGGAAAUUCAGACAAUGGAAGAUACAAUCUACAAAUACGAGAUGUUGCUUUAUCAGAUGAAGGCUAUUAUGAGUGUCGUGUGACAGCAGCAGACAACAGUCUGGAGAUAAAAACACCGAAAGCCUUCAUAGAUGUCUUACGUUCGAUAUGUACUGGCGGCCAAUCAAGAGUAACUAAACAUCGUACAUACUAA